AUUUUAAGGAUGACCAGAUCUUUUAUUAAUUAUUGACACAGAAGAAAGAAAUGGGCCAUCACUUCUGUAUUUUCAAAUACCCAUAAAAUACAAUUUCAAUUCAUUUCAAUUUAUUUGUAUAGCGUCAAAUCAUAACAAAGGUCAAAAAACAAUGUGCAUGUGUUUCAGGACCACACAGUAAACCCCAGUCGGCCCGGAGCUCCAGUUUCAACCAGCAGGAACCAGAGUCCUUCAUUGUAAAAGUGGAAGAGGAUGAAAUCUGGACCAGUCAGGAGGAUGAGGAUGAUGAAGAAAAACCUCAGUCCUCCGAGCUGCAUCAGGUCAAAUCUGAAGACAACACGGACAUAGAGACUCAAACCAGCAGCUCCGUUGAACGGAUGAAGCAGGAAAUCGAUGGAGGGGGUUGUGGAGGACCUGGACCAACCAGGAAAACGCGUCCCAACGGUCAUUCAGAACCGGACAUGCACGGAAACAGUUCAGACUCUUUGGAGACUGAAGUCAGUGAUGGCGAUUGUUGGCAAAAAGCUUCCGAUUUUGGGCCUGAAACUGAAGGCGGUGGUAAUGCAGGGAGGCAGAUCAGGUCAGCUGAGUCUGGAGGAAAUAACAGUUCAGGUUGUCACGCUCCAAAGAAGUCCUUCAGCUGCUCCGAGUGUGAUAAACAGUUUACCCGCAAUUACAAUCUGAAGAGGCACAUGGAAGCGCACGCCAGAGGGAGAAUGUUUGUCUGCAGCCACUGUGGGAAGACCUUCGCCCGAGAAACGCAUCUCGUUACGCACACCAUCAUCCACAGAGCACAGGAGUCUUUUGACUGCAAACUUUGUGUAAAAACGUUUCACACAUCUGGGGAUCUUGAGACGCACAUGAGAGCUCACAAGGGAGAGAAAAUGUUCAGCUGCAGCGAUUGUGGAAAAAGAUUUAGCCAGAGUACGCACCUUAAGAGACAUGCGAUCGUCCACACUGGAGAAACGCCUUUUAUAUGCCACGUUUGUGGCAAAAAAUUUCGCAGGAUGAUGGACUGUAAUACGCACAUGAGAGUCCACACGGGGGAGAAGCCGUAUAUCUGUGCCGACUGUGGUAAGAGCUUCAGCCAGAACUCAAAUCUGAAGACGCACAUAAGAGUACACACGGGGGAGAAACCUUUCAAAUGUGACGUUUGUGGUAAAAAGUUUCGUCGAAUGAUCGACUGUAAUACGCACAUGAGAGUCCACACGGGGGAGAAGCCGUACGUCUGCAGCGUUUGUGGGAAACGGUUUAGCCAGAACUCGAACCUCAACACUCACAUGACGAUACACACCGUAGAGAAAUCUGGCUGUCGGGAUGUUUGUGGAAAAAGAACCUAUGAGAACAAGAGCGCGCUCAGGAGGGAAACCAUUUAGCAUCGUCUUUUCAAGACCAAAGACUCUGCGGAGAGCUGGACUCACCAGGGGUCUACUUGUCUUCUGCUUCUUUGCAGACAGUAGAAACUCUUUUGACUUAAUAUUUAUGUCUUUCUUUUCACACCUGUAAUAUAUUCCCUGUAAAAAGUUUGUAGUAACUUAAUACUAGUAUGUAAAUGUAGGUAAAAAGGCAAAAGAUUAAGUCAUUGCUUACAGUUGAUGUUAACAUUUGAUUGUGAUAUUGAUUUGGCACUGAAGCAGCAUCCAUGUAAGAUCAGCGGGAGACGAUCGCCACUUGGCCAACGAAUGUGUGAGAAAACCAUU